GACUCCCGGUAUCCGAGUCUCCAACAUCUUUUUUUUCGUUGCUUCUUUUCUUACCUUUUCCCACCCUUCAUCGUUGUGUUUGUCAAUUCCAUUGUUUCCCUUUUUAUCCCCUUUUGACCCCUUUUUUUGUUGUUUUAUCCCGUGGCCGAUUAUGAAACACCAAACAGGUAUUAGCGGGUGCCCUACCAGCCCUACCCGGCGAUAGAUCGGCCUAUGUCGUCAUCGCCCGGCCUUGGACAAACGGUCCCUGAACAGGCGGUGGGAGAUCAGGGCAACAUGCGAAUUUCACUUCACAUUCCCAUUCUGCUCUAUCCGUUCUUGCCAUUCAUAUAUUUUUACACGGUUUAUCGCUGUCCAAUUAUCCUGCAACUCCCCUCCUGUACCCAAAACACCGAAGCUGUACAACAAAAACUCGCCAAUCACGAUGGCUUCCCUCCUUAAUCAGCUUCGUGGCUUGACCACAGUCGACUGUGACACUUUCGAUGCCCAUGUCGCGCGCAUAUACGGUCCGUUUGCGGAUUGCACAUCGAAUCAGGCCAUUGUUCUUGCUGAAAUCACCAAAGUCGACCCCAAUGGAAAGCUCAUCUACCAAAGUCUGAUCGACGAGAUCAUUCCCAUUGCCCACUGGAUGUUUGGAAAGCAAACCGAUGCCACGGUAGAAGAGCUUGCCGCCGAGCUGCUGGCCGUUGGCCUCGCUCUGCGCUUCCUUCCUCACCUGAACGGCUUCAUCCACAUUCAGACAAACCCGAAAUGGUGUUAUUCCACCGAGAAAACCGUCAAGAACGCCGAGAGAAUCAUCGCCCACGUCAAACACCUCUCCCCCGACUUCGACACCUCGCGCGUGUGCAUCAAGAUCCCCGCCACAUGGGAAGGUCUUCAAGCCUGCCGCGAGCUCGAGCACCGGCACUCCAUCGCCACCCUAGCAACCAUCGUCUUCAGCAUGGAGCAAGUCGCCCUCGCCGUCGACGCCGGCUGCCGCUACGUAGCCCCCUACGUCAACGAGCUGCGCGUGCACUUCGACGCCACCUACACGGACGCCAACAAGGACCGGGCCGCCCUCUUCUGCGGUGCUGCGCAGCGGUAUUGCGAUGAAGUCGCUUCCUCUGCUUCGGCUGCCGAAGCCGCUCAUGGUUUCUUGAGUCUGCAGACGCGGACGCAGGUGAUGGCUGCUUCGCUUACCAGCGUGGAGGAGGUCAUGAGACUGGCGGGAGCGGUGAAGCAUAUCACGGUGAGCCCGCCGCUGUUGACGGAGCUGGAGGCGACGCCUGCGGCGGGAUGGCCGGGUGCGGGCACGGUGGGCGCGGCGGCGGCGAUUACGGGCCCGAGCGCGACUGGUGAUGCGGUUAGGUUGAGGGAGUUGGUCAGGGACCAGAGUCAGUGGCGGUUGGCGUUUACCAGGGCCGAGGCCGGCGAGAGCGAGAGGAAGUUGGGGCAGGCUAUUGGGAUUUUCUGUGAUAUGCAGGAUCAGAUUGAGAGGUUGGUGAGGAGGUGGGAUUUGACGGGGAAGAAGUCUGUGAGUGGUUGAAGUGGAUGAGGCCAGGCGUCGUUUUUGCGUUGAUUUUGUCUGCUUUCGAGGUUCGGCACUGGCGUUCGGUUGGAGAGCUAGGGAUCGAGCAGUUUGUAGCGAUGCUUUUAUUGGAGUUUAGACAUGCAGGACAUGGUAUAAUUUGAAACAUUCAGA